AUGGACUCACAAAUCACACAAGUCUUCCAGAGAGAAUUCACCUGUACUGUCUGCCUGAAUUACCUUAUAGACCCAGUCACCAUACGCUGUGGGCACAGCUUUUGUAGGCCCUGUCUCUGCCUCUUCUGGGAAGAAGCCUACACUCAUGGCUCUUGCCCAGAAUUUAGGAAACCAUCACAGCAGAAAGAUUUCAAAACCAAUAUUUUUCUGAAGAAUCUAGGGUCCAUUGCCAGAAAAGUUAGCCUCUUGCAAGUCCUGAGCUCUGAGGAACAAAUGUGUGGGACCCACAAGGAGAAGAAGAUGUUCUGUGAAGUGGACAAGAGCCUGCUCUGUUUGCUCUGCUCUAAUUCCCAGGACCAUGGGGUUCACAGACACUGUCCCACUGAAGUGGCAUCUGGGGACCACCGGGAGGAGAACUUAAAGCAAAUGAAUUCUUUAUGGAAAAAGAUCCAAGAAAAUCAUAGAGAUCUACAUGAGGAGAGGAGAAUAAUCCUCCUGUGGGUGGACUAUGUGGAUCUAUGGGCAAAGAUGAUUGGGGAUGAGUAUAGUAAGCUGCCUCCAGCUCUCCAAGAGGAAGAAAAACAACAUAUAGAGAGACUGAAACAGGAAAGCCAAGAGAUUUUUCAGCAACUUAACACAAGUGAAGCCAAAAUGGAUGAAAAGAGGAAACAACUAAAAAAAACAUAUAGGACACUGAUGGAAAUGUGUCAUAAACCAGAUGUGGAACUGCUCCAGGAUUUGGGAGCAAUACUGACAAGCAGUGAGUCCGUGCACAAGCACAUGCCCCAGCCUGUGAAUCCAGAGCUCAGUGCAUUUCCCAUCACUGGACUGGUGGACAGGCUCAGCUGCUUCUGAGUGGAGAUUUACUUCCACAGUGAAAUAACCAAUCACGAUAUCAGGCUGUUUGAUGAUGUGAGAAGCUUGAUAUUUAGACCUGAUUAUCAAGAUGCAUCUUUGAAUACUGAUGGCUCUAACUACUUUGCUAUGAGGGGAGUCCAGGGCUUCACCUCUGGGAGACACUACUGGGAGCUGGAUGUAGACAACUCUAGAGAUUGGGCUCUAGGAGUCUGUAAAGAUUCCUGGAUAAAGAAGAAUGGCACAUUGUUGAAAUCUAAGGACAUAUUUCUACUUUUAUGUGUGAAGGAGGAUAAUCACAACACUCUCUUCACCACCUCCCCCAUGGUUCCUCACUAUGUCGAGAAACCUCUGGGCCGGGUUGGUGUGUUUCUUGAUUUGGAGAGUGGAAGUGUGAGUUUUUUGAACAUUGCAAAGAGUUCCCUCAUAUGGAAAUACCCUGCUGGCUCCUUCUCUUUCCCUGUCAGGCCCUUCUUUCUCAUUGGCCACAGAUGA